AUGCCCACCAUGGCCGAACGCCGACAGACCAUGGCUGAGCACUUCAACAUGAAGCCAGCCGAGUCCCGCCUUUCCAUACCGACGCCAGCUCGGAUACCUCUUGCCGGAUUGACUGGGUUCGGUAUCGGAAUGGCGCUCGGUAUUGCCCAAGGAGGUCAAACUGCUCAGCUGCGCUUCCGCGCCGAACACGCACACAAGAUGCCCACCACCACCACCGGAUGGUACCUCUACCACAAGAGCAAGAACUACCACACCAUGUACGGUAGCCUUCGCGAAGGUCUUCGUAUGGGUGCCAGGUUGAGCUUUUGGACCCUGAUGGCAUUCGGCCUUGAGAGCACCGUCGACAGAUAUCGUGGCAGCACCGAUCUCAUCAGUACCGUCCUGGCAAGUUUGACCGUUGCUGGCAGUUUCAGUCUCGUCAACCGCUUUUCUCUUCCCACCGCUGCCCGCACGGCCCGAUACGGACUGCUCUUUGGACUGGUGUACGGCGGAAUGCAAGAUAUUGUUGGCUUUGCUCGCGGUCGCCCCAUCGGAUACGUCGAAUUUUUCCGCAAACGCUUCGGAUCAGGGAAGACGGCCAAGAUCCUGGAGCAGCCGCAAGCUUAG